AUGGGCAAUUGCCUCAGUUCCACAAGCGAGGAGGCUGAGAAGAAGAAGAAGAGCCAGGCCAUUGAUCGCAUAAUCGAGGAGGAUUCCAAGAGACUAAAGAAAGAAUGCAAGAUCUUGCUGCUAGGCUCCGGCGAGAGCGGAAAGUCAACCAUUGUCAAGCAAAUGAAGAUUAUUCAUCUCAAGGGCUACUCGGACGAUGAGCUUUACAAUUACAGGCCCACAGUCUUCAAGAACUUGGUCGAAUGCGCCAAAGCCAUCAUUACCGCCAUGCAGCAGUUCGGCAUUGAGCCCCAAAUAGCAGAGAACCGCAAACAUAUGGCCUUUCUCAUGGAAUAUCAAGCAGAGUCAGGCCCUCAAGCCCAGAUUGACCCCCAAGUCGGCACGGCUGUUCAGUCGCUAUGGUCAGAUCCCGCCAAAGACCGACUAAUGGAGCACCAAACCGAAUUCUAUCUGAUGGACUCGGCCGAAUACUUUUUUCAGGAAGCGAUGCGCAUCGUUGCGCCAAACUAUCUUCCUAAGGAAAUGGACGUUCUGCGUGCUCGUACCAAGACGACUGGCAUAUACGAGACUCGUUUCCAAAUGGGUGCUCUCAGUAUUCACAUGUUCGAUGUCGGUGGACAGCGUAGUGAACGAAAGAAAUGGAUUCAUUGUUUCGAGAACGUGACGUCAAUUAUCUUUUGCGUCGCUCUCUCCGAAUAUGACCAGGUGCUCUUGGAAGAGAGUAGUCAGAACCGCAUGAUGGAGAGUCUCUUGCUCUUCGAUUCGGUUGUCAACUCGCGAUGGUUCAUGCGAACGAGUAUUAUCCUGUUUCUCAACAAGGUGGACAUUUUUAAGCAAAAGCUCACUCGGUCGCCACUGGCCAACUAUUUCCCCGAUUAUUCCGGCGGCAACGACGUCAACAAGGCCGCCAAAUACCUACUAUGGAGGUUCAAUCAGGUCAACCGAGCUCACCUCAAUCUUUAUCCCCACUUGACGCAAGCUACAGAUACAUCAAACAUCAGACUCGUUUUUGCCGCGGUCAAGGAGACCAUCUUGAGCAAUGCGCUAAAAGAUACCGGCAUCAUCUGA